CUCCACCGUUUUAAUUCCGCUUAGGAUAAGGUGAAAAUUGCGCUUUGAACAUAGACCCUUUUCUGCUCACAAUUCAGUUCACAAACAAGAGAAGAAAAUACAAAGUGGGCUUGAAAGGGGAAAAAAGAGAGAGAACAAAAAUGGGUAGCUUAGAAGAAGAGAAGCUGUUUCAAAUGGUGCACGAUUUUAUUGAAUCAGAAUCAACUUCAGAAAAUCCCUCUUAUUCCUCUCAAAAUCUGUCUCUCAAUAAUCAUCAUGCUAAGCAAUAUAUUUUGCAGGAGAUUGUUGCGAGUAGAACUGCAGCUGAAGAGGGUCUUCUUGGUUGUGUAUUGAAGCACAUGAGGCACAAAAUCGAAGCAGAGAAAACUACUAGCCUCAAGAAAUGGCUUGUGAUUAGGCUAAGAAAGGAUGGUUAUCAUGGUGUUUGUCUAUGUCAAACUUCUUGGCCUACUACUUUAGGCUGCCCUGCGGGUGAUUAUGAAUACAUUGAAGUUGUGAUUAAAGAUAAAAAAUGCAGCUCAUUGAGGCUGAUCUUAGACAUUGAUUUCAAGUCACAAUUUGAAUUAGCAAGGCCUACAUCAUCGUACAAAGAGCUCACAGAUACGCUUCCUGCAAUCUUUGCUGGUGAUGCUCAGAAAUUGAACAAGAUAAUCUCCAUCCUUUGCUCAGAAGCUAAGAACUCACUUAAAGAAAGAGGUCUGCAUGUUCCUCCAUGGAGGACAAUCACUUAUAUGCAGUCCAAAUGGUUUAGUAACUGCCAAAGAAUAAUCCCUUUGAAUCCUAGCAGAGAAGUAGGCCUAGGCAAUAAAGAAGCAAUGGUUGGUGAGCAUAUUUCAUCCAAUUUUGACACAUUGACAGCAUCAGCUUCUAAUGGGAAGAAGGAAAACAAGGCAGAGAAUUUUGUUGCUAGAUCAGGUUUAUCUAGUCAAUUUGCUGCUAUGAGCACAAAAUGCUUCUAAUGAAGCUUUUUGACAAGAUAUUGGGUAGAUUCUUGAUUUUGCAGAGCGGAGAAGAGAUUAGCAUCCUCCGUAGGCAGUAGUGUUCUCUUUUGUUUGCUUAGGCCCUUUUGAGUUUUGACUUUUUGGAACAAUUGACAGAGAUGAGAUGAUUUUUGAUAGCCUCACAAUUUGGUUAGAGUUUUAUUUGUAGAAAUUUAUGUUCAGGUACAAGAAUUAGGGUAUGUUACAUGGAUUCGUUGGGGUACAUUAAAUUAAAAUUACACUAAUGGUUUCAUGACCAAUGUAAAAUAUUAAAUUUAUAAUGAACAAAUAAUGAACUUCGAAUUUGAACAACUAUUUGGCAAGGUGGCAUUUACUAAGAAAAUUUAAGAGAGACUUUAUUAAAAAAAUAAAAUAAAAUAAAAUGAAAUUCAUGGGAGGAAGACUAUGGUAUGGUCUCCCUCCCUUUGAAAAAUGAAGAAAGUAAAAGAGGAAGUGGAGGAGGAGAGGGAGAGAGUCCCAAGUCAAUUUUUAGAUACUAUGCUCUUGCAAUAUUGAUACCGUGACUUGAAUUUUUGUUGGAAAGUUGGAUAAUCAAUGUUAAGAGUCCAUCCAGGUUCUCUUUUUCUUCUGAUUUGAUCUUCUUCCUCAAAUCUUUAAUUUUCUGCCUCAUGGUUUCGCCUGCACCCCCAAAUACAACGUCCUUGAUCACUCUUGCUAUCUCUUCCCUCUGAAGUCUACCAUUUUCAUCUCUCAUAACUUCAAUAGCCACACCAUUUUCCACCAACACCCUACCAGUAAUGGGCUGUUCAAAGGCCAUAGGCAUGGCCAUUGUUGGGACACCAAAUUCUAUGCCUUCUGAUGUAGAAGUCCAACCACAGUGGGAUAAAAGGCCACCAAUACUCGAAUGGCCUAAAAUCUUCGCCUGCGGUACCCAUCCUUGAACAAUUCUCCCUUUAUCUUUCACUCUUUCAAGAAAACCCUCUGGUAAGAUCUCGUCGAGCCUACGUUGCUCACCUUUUGGAGAUCCCAAUGCCCAGAUGAAAUUUACAUUGCUCAGCUCUAAACCGAAAGCUAUCUCUUGUAUCUCUUCCUUUGACAAGAAAUACAUUGUGCCAAAGGAAGCAAAAACAGUUGAAUGUUCACUUUUCUGCCCAAGCCAAUUCAUGAGCUCAAUAUCGUCGUCACCUGAUUCACCAGUGGAAUUAGGACUACUGGGAAUUAAUGGACCAACAGGGAGAACUUUCAGGUUCGUCGAACUAGCAUGAUGAUCCAAGUAUUUCCCUUCCAUGGCUCUACAAGUAUUAACCAGUAAAGGAAUGGGAGAAUCUUCACAAGGAUCCAAAGCAUUGCGUCCAAUUGUAGUAAGAAGUCUGCGUAACUCGAAAUCUCGAAGAUAGAUGGAUGGAAAUGGAUAUUCGGUGCCUGAGUUGGAUGUCAAAUGAAAUGUGUAUGACAAGGAUGCAGCGCUAACAAUGUGGAGCCAAACGGAUGGAAAGGUGUACAAAGGACUUACUGAAAACCGAGCGAAUGCUUUAUCGUAGAUCACCAAAUCUGGCUUGAGAGAUUCUAUGAUGUUGUGUAUUUCAGGAUUGGACAGUUUCAGGGAGUUGAAAAAGAUGGGAAGGAGGUGACUCGGGAGGCCAUCGGUUGUGUGGUAGCGGGAAGGAAGUUCAGGCAAUUCUUGAAGAUGAAAUUCCACAAGCUGAAUGGAUUCAGAGUACUUGCCUGUGAUUUUCUUGGAGAUGGAAUUGAGAUUGAUAGGUGUAGAACAAAGAUAAAUGUGAAUUCCUCUCUCAGUGAGUUUCUUAGCUAGCUGCAAGAAUGGAGAUAUGUGACCAUGCCCCAACAUUGGUAACAUGAGAACCCUUACAGAAUUAUUGCCAGCAUUUUCUGUAGUAUUCGCCUCCAUGAACAUGGAUUGCGCCCCUUCUGUGUGUAUGGAGAAAUGAGCUCUUCUGGGCUGAUUAAAUAGGGAUUAUUUUCACAAAUAGAAUACAAAAAUUGAAUGUGGAAAGGGACAGUAUCCAUUUAAAUUGAACAACUUGGGCAGACUUCUGUGGCCUGGUGGCAUGGGUAAUAUUCUUGCUAGGUUGCUACUGAGCAGCAUAGGUGGUAACUGAACUAUAUUUGUCUCGGAUUGGAAUAUUUCUGCUCUCGUUAAAUCAAUUAGGACAUGAAUAAUAGUAAUUAGUAUGGGUAUUAUGGUAGUGUUUUCAAUUUUAAAUGGCCUAUUAUUGUCGGAAAAAUGCUUACAUACACUUGGUCUUUGUUCAGUUGUGAAUUUUUAGUCCUCUAUACUGCUGCAUUAUACAAUUUUUACUAUUUUGGUU